AUGGACACCGUUAUUGACUAUGAUUCAGAUAAGAAAUUUAAUUUGUAUGGAAAGGAAUUCUUUGGAAUUUUCUCUGAAGAAGAUACAUACGCUAACGAGACUGUGUCACCAACGUUGUGGGUGCCUUACACUAUAGUAGCAGCGGUACAUUUUACAUCGUCAAUUCCACUUUUCAUCUUCUAUUUCACAGGACCACGAGGAUGUAUGCUUCCUAAGGCAAAGACAAAUACGGAUAAUACAUCAGUGUCAUCAUUCAAUAAAUCUGUCAACCCAAACACGCGAACUACCAAAGAAAGUAUGAGUUUUCGAAUUGGAUUUCUGUUCCUUCUGAGUAUAUUCUAUGUAUUGUAUGUCGGCCAUGAGGUAAUUUAUGGUGGAUAUAUUUAUUCAUUUGCGAUGGAAAGUGACCUGGGAUUCUCUACUGAGAUGGCCAGUUUACUUACAUCCGUGUUUUGGGCAAGUUUUGCUGUAUCACGUGGGUUAAACAUAAUUGUAGCAAAGUAUUUAACACCCAAGACGAUGCUUAUAUUAGACCAUGUCGGAAUACUCACAGCUGAUGUGAUUUUGGUUAUUUGGGGAGCUGAGAACAUGACGAUCCUCUGGCUUGGAACAAUUUUACUUGGUGUAUCUAUUGCUUCAGUAUAUGCUACAGGUAUCACAUGGGCGGAGAAUUACAUAACUCUGACUGGUAAAGCUACAUCCGUAUUCACAAUUUCUGCAGCUAUGUCCGGUAUAUUAUUACCAUGGUGGCUGGGGUAUGCAUUUGAAGCGUAUAGUGUUAUGAUCCUGAUGUACGUUAUGUUGGCGCUUACGAUUGGAAUGUCUACGUUCUUCAUUAUUCUUCUUGCUGUUGCACGUAUACAUGGGAAGAAACCCAAUAUCAUAGACGAUAUUACCACUGGGGCAGGUAACUAUGAAGACUUGACUGCAACAGACAUAAAUAAUGAAGAUGACAGAGAUACCAUAUCACAAAGAAGUAAUACCAAUGUAGUAUCUGAACAAACCUGA